AUGGUGGUGUCUAAGGUGUGGUUCUCAGAGGGGACGGGAGGAGGGGGCAUCCUUUCUUCUUCCCUUACUUUCAUCUCCUUCUGUUUUGGCUGUUGUUGAGUUGUGUUUAGGAGAGGGGGAGGAGGGCGAUAGCAGCAUGUGUCCUGUGGUUUUUCGUCUGGGGAGAUUGUUGUGCUCCCCUGCUGUUGUCUGGUUUUGUUUUGGAUUUAUCUCACUGUACGAGGAGGAAGUUCCUUCACAAUGUCAGGGACCAUUAGCCAAUAGGGUCACAGACUGACCUGCAGGUAACCAAAUAAGUUACUGUUUGACCCACGGAGUGUCAUUGAUUACAUAUUUGUCAGGUCAAGGCAAUAAUGGGGGAAUGGAGAUACCUCAUCUGCAGCCUACAUACCCCAUGCCACUCCCUUCUUCACACACACAUACACACAUACACACAUACACACAUACACACAUACACACACACACACACACACACAUACACACAUACACACACAUACACACAUACACACAUACACGGAUACUCAAUAAUAAUAAUAACUCCCUUGGCCUUAAUUAUCUAACAGAAGCAGCUAGCGCUAAUCUCUGGAUCUGUGUUUGUGUUUGUGUGUUUGUGUGUUUGUGUGUUUGUGUGUUUGUGUGUUUGUGUGUGUGUGUGUGUGUGUGUGUGUGUGUGUGUGUGUGUGUGUGUGUGUGUGUGUGUGUGUGUGUGUGUGUGUGUGUGUGUGUGAAUGCCCCAGUGAGCUGGGUGGAUCAGGCUAGCUGUGAGACCAUAUUUCUCCCAGCAGUAGCUCCAGGGCAGGGUUGAUGGGGAGAUGUAUCACCCCAGCGUCAGUGUGCCGUCCUGGGCCUCAUGACCUGAGCCAAGGACCCUGGAGCUCCAGUUACCCAAUCUACUGGGCCAGCUCCCUGGGUAGCAGCGCUGUGUGUGUGGGAUCAGAGAGCUCUUUGAUCGAUUCAGAUCAUCUCAGUCCUGACUGCAGGGUGUGUGCCUGGUGUGUACGUGUGUGUGUGCCGGGUGUGUGUUAGUGAGAGAAAAAAGAGCUACGUAUAGUAGACUGUAGAGCAGUUGCUCAUAUGAAACGUUAUCUGUGGUGUGUUUUCCACUGUGUGGGCUGAUGGCUGUUGAAUUAGUAAUGAUGAUGAGAUACCACUACUGAAUCUCACUAUACUGACAGAUAGUAGAUAGUCUAUGAUGGGGAAGAUACUGUGCCUCAGACUAGAAAUGGAGCGCUUCUGUUACUCUGUCUCACACAGUCAUACAGAAGAGACAACACAGCCUUGUGUGUGUGGGGAUGUUUGUUAACAGACUUCCCACUGGGCCCCUGCUCCCUUUUCCACACCAAUUUGUUUGGAACACGGGCCAUUGCCAUGGAGAAAUGCACUGGGUUGCUAUGACAGCAGUGUUCUUUUCUCCCUCGUCCCAAAAUAAAAAUAGAUCAGAGUCUUGAAGUCUUUCUUGUUGUGGUCAAACUUUAAAUUCACUUAGAAAUGUGAAUUCUAAUUUGGGGCAAUAAAGUCUCAUACACACACACACACACACACACACACACACAUUUCCUGUCUCCUCUAUGGCUGUGAACUCGGAUACCAGGCCUAUUGGAGGUGCCAGGAGCCUUCUCUCCCACAGUCCCCUCUAUUCUACUGGAACAAUGCACUUCUCUUUCUCCUUCACUCUCUCUCUCUCUCUCUCUCUCUCUCUCUCUUCCUUUCUCUCUCUCUUCCUUUCUAGCUCAGCUGACCUCACAAUUGAGUCAUUGUCAACAGCAGAAAUAGUAACUUUUAGAAGAUGACCUGGCCUUGUGUCUCUCUGUGGGUUGUCAGCCAUUCAGUAGAUGUCUCUAUGCUCUUUGAUGUCUUCUUCUAUUCAUUCUGCUGUUCUGUCUAUGCUUUUCAGGAGGAGAGUGAGACAAUGCUUUGACCUUGAGCUGAGACUGACGUAAUGGGAGUAUAAUCUGUGUGUUUAUCUUUUCUAGUCACGAUCGUCCCCGUGUAACCUUCGUCUUCCUCCCCUCUACCUGCCUCCCCCUGUCCCUCCCUUCCCCUCUACCUCCCUGUUCCUCCCUCCCCCCUCUACCUCCCUGUUCCUCCUUCCCCCUCUACCUCCCUGUUCCUCCCUCCCCCUCUACCUCCCUGUUCCUCCCUCCCCCUCUACCUCCCUGUUCCUCCCUUCCCCUCUACCUCCCUCCCCCUCUGAGUCAGCGAUGAGGUGAUAUCACCUCUAGUAUGAAGUCAGCCUCACUAAUGAUCACAGAGCCUGGGCGUCCUCAGUUCAUGAUGUGGAGGGUUCAGAAGGGGUCAGUGUUUACCAAUAUACAACCCUCUGCAGUACUGGGAGUGUGUUUGUCUGCACGUUACUGUGCGUUUCAGAUUGUGUAUAAGUGUGUGUGUUGUAUUGUCAAGGUCCCAGUGUAGGCAGAUAUAGGAGAUAGCCAGAUAAGUCAUUCUGCUUUACCCAUAAUCCCCUGGGAUCAGCACUGAAUCAGACCCACUCCAUAUCCUGUCAUCCAGCCUUGUGUUCAUGUGGGUUUCUGUUUGCUUGUAUGUGUGUGCACAUAUCUGUGUACCUGUAUGCACAAAAUGACUUUGCUUCCGUGUGUAUGUUUGAUUGUUGUUUAAGUGUGUGUGUUUGAGUGUGUAUUUGUGUGUGUCUGCAUGUGUGCGUGCGUGUGUGUGUGUUAUAAUGCAUGCUGUCAUGCUGAUACGUUAUUCCACUGGCGUACAUCACACAGUUCUUCAAAGGGAAUUCAAACUGUUUCAUGUUGCGAUUUAGAAUCCCUUAUUGUCACUCUUCCUUUAUGUGUGUGUGUGUGUGUGUGUGUGUGUGUGUGUGUGUGUGUGUGUGUGUGUGUGUGUUUGUAUGUGUGUGUGUGUGUGUGUACAGCAGAUGAGACAUUGUGACUCAUAUCCAUCAAAAUCACUUUAUAUUCAGCCUCCCUCCCUCCUUUUCUCUUCUCAUCUCUCUUUUCUUCCUUCUCUGUCCUUUGUGCCCCUUCUUUCAUUUCCUUAUCACGUGUGUGUGUGUGUGUGUGUGUGUGUGUGUGUGUGUGUGUGUGUGUGUGUGUGUGUGUGUGUGUGUGGUGUGUGUGUGUGUGUGUGUGUGUGUGUGUGUGUGUGGUGUGUGUGUGUGUGUGUGUGUGUGUGUGUGAGUAUGUUUGACUGUGUUUGUACAUCCCCUCCAUGUGGAAGUCUGCGUUCACAGUAUGUGUGUAAUAACUAAGGCUGUGGCAGUCACGAAAUUUCGUCAGCCGGUGAUUGUCAAGCAAAUAACUGUCAGUCUCACGGUAAUUGACCGUUAAUUAAAAUAAACACAUUUAGCAUCUCCUGGCUUCCACACAUAGCCUACAAGCCAUUUAAAAAAGUCUAAUAAAUCCGUGUAAUAUAGCCUACACCUUCACAAUAAAUCCAUUAUUAAAAAUUAAAAAUGUAUUUGGCCACUUUAGUUGUGAUACAAACAUUAAAACAUAUAGGCCUAUGGGCUAGGCUACAUGAGGUGUGCGACUAUGAUUCGAAAAAGUUGGGAAAAAAAGGCAUUGUUUCUUAUGAUGGGCAUCAUUCACAAGUGUUAAUAUAUAAUUCACAAGUGAUAGGCUAAUAUUGUCACCCAUCAGACUAUUCUUGAUUUAAUCUUGUCUUUACAUAUACUAAAUAAUAUGUGUGACAUUUGUUUUGAUUUAGAAUGGACCAUUAUCAUGCACCUGUAUCGAAACGGGGGCAGCGGGAAAAAAUACAUGUCAUCUAUGCACUUAAAUAGAAAAUGGAGGACGCUUUUCCCUGUGGUUUAUUUUCAUGCCUGCCAGUUAGGCUAUACUCCUGAUGUAAAUAUAAGCAAUGUGCUUAAUAUUAGGAAAGUAGAGAAAUAAAUAUAGUAGGCCUAGCCUAUAGAAAGCUGAUGGGAUCCUCCUAUUUUUAUUAGCCGCCAUCACUCUGUUUUCUAAAACAAUUGCAUAGCCUAUAGAAAUGUUGCGCAACAUGAGCUCAUGGGCUCUCAUUAAGUGUUUGAUUAGAUGUUUGAACACAUUUGCAUUGAUGUCAGAGUGAUUAGAGGGACAAUAGAGUGCUGAGUACCAGACAGUUAGCAAGUUUGGUAGGCUACUAAUGACCAGCAGCAGCAUCAGAGCUUGGAGAAGCCUAAUUACAGUGACUAAACGGUCACGUGGAAUUUGACUGCCUUCAUGACUCGUGACCGCCGGUGUGGCGAUAAUACGGUCACCGCAACAGCCCUAGUAUUAACCCAGAAUGACCGUUUUUGGGUCAACUUCAGAGCUUCUGCUCUUCUCUAUUGUCAUACUAUGGCACUAUGUCAUGUUUUAGUAGUUUUCCUGCUUUUUGGAAACCAUGUGUUUGAUCUUUCCACUUAUUCCACUCCAGCCAUUACCAUGUGCCCGUCCUCCCCAAUUAAGGUGCCACCAACCUCCUCUGCUGUGGAGAGAUGAGAUUUGAAAAUGUAACAAAUUGAAGAAUGAAAUUCAGCUGGUGUUUUAUGUUUUUUUUACCUGCCAAAUAUAUCCAUGGUCCGGAACUCUACAUUCAUUUUAUUUGAUAUAACUAUUAUCCCUCCCUACAUCCUCCCAUCACUGUGACUUAUUGGUUAAAGGAGGUCAGUCAGCACCUGGGAGAGAGAGAUAGGUCUGUAUGUGAGAGGGGAAUCAUUUUCUUCAGCUUUCCCAAGCCGAAGAAAGAAGUCAAGGGACGCUCCCUCCUUUGUGUGUGAGGUUCAAUUCCAGUCAAUUCAGAACGUUAACCAAAUUCCAAUUCCACAUUUGCCUCAUUAAAAAGCAUUGAAGGAAGUUGGAAUUGGAAGUUCUGUGUACUUCCUUAAUUGACCCCAACCCUGACACACGCACACACUCUAUUGAGCUUGCACAGAUGCUGUACACCUGGGGUUUUAGUGUGCUCUCUUAUGUUUAUGUGUAAUUGUAUUCCUUCUACUGACUUUAUUUUAGUGGGUUGGUCAGACAGUGGUUUUGGAUCAGGGUCAACUCUCUAUUUUUACCUUGACUGUGAGGGAACAGAACUCCCUCUGUCCUCAGUCUCCUUGUCAGUCAUACACACAGACACAAAAACAUACACUGACAUGCUCAAAUAUGUAGUGCUGACACUGUAUGCAUUCCAUGUCACACACAUACUGUACUGUAGGCCUACUCUCUCAUACACACAUGCUAGGUUUAUAUGCAUGGAGCAAUAGAGUUUGGAAGCUUAUGAAGCUUUUUAAGAGGGCACAGUCAAGGACUGUGUGAAGUAACAAACACUGGAUGCAGUCAAUCACUCACAAACUCUCACUCACACACACUCACACACUCAAUCACUCACUCACUCACUCACUCACUCACUCACACAAACACUGAGGUGUCGCUUUCCAAACUGUCCCGGGAGCAGCAGCUGUCCUCACGUUAGGGUGUGAGAGCGGAAAAAACACCAGUGUGUGCCGUCUCUCUCUCCUCUCGCUCCUCUCGCUGAUCUCUCCCUCCCAUCUCUCUCCUUUGCCUCUGCUCUCCGCGUCUCCCUCAGCGCAAUCUCCUCCUUCCCGCUCUCUCUCAUCUCUCUUGCCUCUCUGCUCGCUUGCUCGCUCUCUCCCUCACUCUCCGACUGCCCUGCCCAGAGGAUUGAAAGGAGGGUCUAAAGGGGCUCUACCACUGUCCAUUAUACUCUGGAAGCCCUGAGAAGAGGUGAUAUCGAGAGAGAGAGAGAGAGAGAGGUAGAGAGCUAUAGAGAGAAGAGAGAGAGAGAGAGAAGAGAAGAUAGAGAAGAGAGAGAGAGAGAGAGAGAUAGAGAGAGAGAGAGAGAGAGAGAAGAGAGCGAGAGAGAGAGAAGACGAGAGAGAGAGAUUCUCGCGAGAGAAGCGAGAGAGGAGAGGAGAUCUCCUCUCUCUAGAGAUUUUUGUAUUUUGUGUUAGGAGAGUAGAUCUAAAGAGAGAGAGAGGAGAGGAGAGGAGAGAGAGAGCGAGAGAGGUAGGCAUGGGUAGAGGGAUAACUAUGAUAACUGUUUUCUCCUCUCUCAGCUCUGUGUGGCAGGGUUAGCGUUGGUUCUGAGUGAGGCCAGGUUUCAUGUGAACCAGCUCAUACUGACCCACUAGCUGGGUGUGUGGUAGAGGGGGAGUGAGAGGGAGGGAGUGAGAGAGACAGAGGGAGGGAGGGAAAGAUGAGGGAAGCACUGGAUAACAUGGACUGUGCUGGAAUGGAUGAUGUCAUCUGUCAAGCCUCUGCCCUUUACCUCACUGAUGACUACAAACUCAAAGAGGUAAAGGACAUAGAAGUCAUGUUGCUUGUGGAUAUUUAUCUUUCUGGUAUUGUAGUACUGCAUGUUUUACCUGUGUAAUGGCACUCUUAUAAACAGUGUUUGUGUAGUGAACAGAAGGGUCUCUUUUCUUAGGAUGAUGUCAGGGGUGGAACAUGUUGCUAACGGAAAAAAUGCUCUUAGUUUCCUUCCUGAGUUUGUGAGUUUGAGUUGUAGAUUUGGUGUGACCCCUCCACUCACAACCUCUACAGUCAAUGGCUCUGUGUGCAAGGCACCAGUGUGCUGGGACACUGGUAUGGUGAUGGUGCGUGACGUAAUGUGAGGAUUGUGGAUGACAUAAUGUGGACGUAUUGGAGACAAUGUAAUGCUUAGGUUAUGUGGGGUGUAAUGUGGUUUUAGUAUGUUAUGUAAUGCUGUGAUUAUUAUUAUUAUAGUGGCAUUGGUUCUCAUACUGGUUGGGUUUGACAGCAGAACUCUCUAACACACUAUGGGUUAAUCCUUGGUAAUGCUGCCAGUCUCUCUGAAGAGGCAGUGUUGCCCUUUUAAGUCUUUGCUCUCAGAUUCCUGUAGCCUCCUGUUGAGGUGUGCCCUCAUUGUACUCGCUGGACAAACACACACACCAGCUCACAUGUGACUCUCAGGGUUAUUGUCCUGGCCAAAUCCACUCCAUCAAUCCACUCCUGCUGCGGUCUGUUCAGAGUGACAGGGCCAGCCUGGCGGUGACCUGUGUUUGAACUGUACCAGGGUUCAGAGGUCAAGUCCCUUAUCAGGAGAGGAAUGCACCGCUGCAUAAACCAGCAGGUCUCACACCUCAGAUAGCAGACUUGAAGAGGUUACAGAGACACACACAGACAUGCACAUACACACUCACACCAUUUUGACCUAAGAUAUCUGAAGGGUUAUUAAUGGGUAAACUGUAGAUACCCAAGGUCCAUAGGACAAAAACUUGGAUGAAGGUUGAUAAAAAACUAUGGUUUCCCUAAGAACUUUGCACUGCAAAAUAGUGUUUUGAAGUAACUAAGCUCCAUAAAGUUUAAGAACACACUCACACACAUUCACAUUGGACAUACUGACCUGAUUUGUGUGUUUAUGUGUGAGGUCAGCGCUCACGCCUGGUAAACUCCUCAUAGUGAAUCCAUCCUCUGUGCUGACUCUGACCCAGCAACACUACCACGCAGAUUGAAACUGCAUUACACACAAACUGUCAUAAUCUUUCUCUCACACAUACACUCAAUUUGUCUCUUUCUCUUUCACUCACACCAACAACUUUUUUAAAAAAGUAUUUCCAUAUUCUCGCUGUAUUCUUUGCAGUUUUUGUUUAUUUUCUGUCCAACACUCACACACACAUACACAUACACUCCCUCACACCCUCGUGCUCACGGGACCUGGCGUGUGUGGGUGAACAGGCGGUUCCUGUCUCAGACCAUGGUGCAAGGCCAAUGGUAAGCCCUCCUCUCCUCCAAUGAAAGGCAUCCAUUGUCCAGAAUGAGGGAGCGCUGUGGCGGAAGAAUUAAGUAAAGGAGGAAAGAGGGGAAGGAGAGGAUGGUAGAGACGGAGGGGAGAGCAGGGGAGGAGAAAAAAAUUUCUUAUCAAUCAGGGUUUUCACAAGAGAAAAUUGCUUCUCAAAUUUAAGGAAAAACACAAUUUAGCACAGUGGUGUUCCUCAAAAUCUAAUUUAGGAGCUGCGGCACAUUUCAAAGGACCAGGAAAUUAAGUCAUUUAUCAGAACUUUGGGGACUGGUGGCGCGUACGACUCUCUGAUAGACACACACACAUACACACACACAUACACACACACAUACACACACACAUACACACACACAUACACACACACAAUGUCAAACACUUUGGAGCGGAGGCUUGGCACACAAGGAAUUGUGGUAAUAACACAGACCAUUGCAGGGAAUGUUUGUUUCGAGGAGAAGGAGAGGAAAGCUCUGUGACAAAUCUUAAAUGACUGACAUGACUAUUGUGGAGAGGAAAGGAGAGAGGUUAAAGUGAGAGAGAGGGGUCCAUUUGCUAUGCCCACAGUCACAGACAUCUAUGCGUUGUAUUCACCACCUCUUUGAGUGGUUUAUGAUGCUGCACAUGAUGAUAUCUAAACUCUCUCUCACACCUCCAUCCAUCAGCCCUUACAUAGCUUGCUAGUUAGUUAGGGGGCUUAAUGUGAAGGAAGGUAGUCCUGUUGGAAGGCAGGUGAGAAAUGUGGAGUGGUUCUACUAUGGUAGAUGUGUUAGGUAGAGGAUCAUGGUUGUGUUGUUAUGCCUAAAGGCAUCCGCAUGCUUCCCAACCGAAACAGUUUGUGAAUAUAUUAUGACAACAUUUUGUAACGUUUUGGUCUUCGGCUAGGUUUUGUUUGGCUGUUCGUGCACACAACAUUUUUUCCGGAGGCAAGCCGAAGUUCGGUAGCCGAACUAUACGCCCCUUCGUCAGUGAUUGGUCAACAGUAGGGAUUCUUCAAUUAAGGGUUUGUUGUCAUUCAACGAUAGACAACUCGUUUUCAUGCACAUGUUUGAGAAAUACUGCACCAAACAUCUUAGUUAGAUGUAAAAUUGCGCGACUAAGAUCUCCUCGGCAUAUACUUCAAAAGUAAUUACAGAUUUCUUGUGUUAUCUUAUUUUAUUUCUGACUAUUUUGAGGAAGUGUAUACUGGCUGCGGAGUCUCAAGAGGGACAAACAGUACUAUUGCCUCGUUUUUCUCAUUUUUCAAACAAAGGUCUUUAAGGGAGUAUGCGAGGCACGGACGUUCACUUCGCCUAGAGUUCUGCUAGGAGCAAACCGAACCUAGUAUGCAGAGGCCUUUAGGGGUGUUUUACAAGCAAUUUAGGGCUGUUUACAAUAAUACACCUAAUAGGAAUGGUGAUGAAUAUAGGAAUGUUGGCUAACCCUAUGCAAACACAUACAAACACACACACUCACACACACACAAAACAACACACACACUGCCACCUCACCCCACAUUACAACCUGACAUUCCAAUACAAAGACCACCUACCACCUAACAUAAGUAUCCCCACUACCCAUGAGGCUAACAUAACAAUGCCUACUGUCACUAACACCUCUCUGUUGUAACACAAGAGCCCUUGUCUGUUAUUAUGGCAAUUACUGCAACUCAGGAGCGCCUCCACUCAGCAGUGACACCUGCUGGUCAGACAGGGAACAGCAGCCACUCAGUGUUAUAACAUGACACUGUGUUGUGUACAGGGAGUUAGAAGGGGUUUGUGUGUGUGCGUGUGUGUGUGUGUGUGUGCUGUCAAACAGACUGUGAUUGUUAGUGUCUGAAGAGUGGUAAAGUGAUGCUGUUAAGUGUCCUCAUCUUGCCUCCCCCAGAACCCCUCGUCACACUCUCUUUCUCUCACUCAGUCACACACACGCAAGCACACAAACGCAAUGCUGUGCCAAGCCCCCUCUUGUGGGUGCCAACAGUAGCGGUGUUUCCUGGGCUGUCUGGUGUGGAGAGGGAUUAUGGUAAUGUCGCCAUCGAGGAAGGGAGGGAGGGAGGGAGGGAGGGAGGGAGGGAGGGAGAUAAAGAAAGAGAAAGGGUGAGUUAGUGGAAAAGAGAUAGAGGUAAGGAGAAAGAGAAAUGGAGAGAGGUUGAGGACAGGGUUAAAGAGAGGGAUAACACUCAAGGCUUCUGACAUCUUCUCCUUUGCUCUUAUUCCCCUCACCUCCUUCCCCCUCUCCUCCAAAGCCUUCUCUAAAAGCUCUCCUCUCCCCCUCUUUCUCUAAACCUCUCUCCUCCCCCCUCUCCUGUUGUCUGAAAGGCCUGCUCUUUGUCUGUUUGUGUGUGUGUGUGUGUGUGGGAGCGCUGAAAGGUUUUUUUCUUCCUCCCUCAGGGCCUUUAGAGAGGGUCAAUAUUUUACCCCAAACACUCCUCGUCCUCGAGGACUCCCAACCCCCGGCAAAAACACACACACUGCGAUGUAUCUGACUCUGGUACCCAUUUGACUUCCCAGCACCACCUGUAACAACAACAGUCCUGUAGUGGCCUUGAACAGUCUAAACUCCUACUAUGUUGUCUGUCUGCUGAUAGGCCUGGUUACUGUGGCUGAUAACCCAGCCCAGGGAGUGUGAGAGAAGGCCUGUCUCUACACUCUUCUCUACACACUUCUUCUCAGGCGUGUGCUCGGCAGGGUGCAGGGUGCCAUUCACAGGCGGCUGGUGGCACCUUAAUUGGGGAGGACGGGCUCAUAGUAAUGGCUGGAACGGAAUCAAUGGAAUAUAUCAAACACAUGGGUUCCAUGUGUUUGACACCAAUCUAUUCACUUCAUUCCAGCCAUAUGAGCCGUCCUCCCGUCACCAGCCUCCUGUGUUGCCAUUAGCACAUAUGAGUGUUCCUCCGGGUGUGAGUGUGUUAAGUGCUGCCAAGGCUGCCUGGGUCAGAGGUUUUCCUACUGGAAAACAGGCCCAGGAGGCAGGAAUGCUUAUAGUGCUAUUAGACAGGAAUGCUCAGUGGUUUAGGGAUGUGUGUGUUUGACUGCAUGAGUGUCUGCAUGUGUAAGAUGGAGAGCGAGAGAGUGACCAGUGAAAAUGUGUUGGACUCUCUUUCUUGCAUACAUCUGCACCACCUAGUGGUGAAUAUUACAAUAUUAUUGGUGUCUAGAGCUGUCCACAUGUUUAACAGUCUUUGUCAGUUCCCCUCCUCACAACAUGGCUACUGCUAAACUCAUGGGGAAGUAUUCAGUCCUAUUAUUAGCCAAGUUUCCUUAACCCUUUCCUCUCCCUUCCAGGCCCAAAAGAAUGAGAGGGAGUCCAUCCGGCAGAAGCUGGCCCUGGGUAGUUUCUUUGACGAUGGGCCGGGUAUCUAUACCAGCUGCAGCAAGAGUGGCAAGCCCAGUCUGUCCUCACGGUAAGAGACAUCAUGUGAUCUCUAUCAUCAGACACACACUGCUGCCCUAUGUACAUAGACAUGGAAUCACUGGUCACUUUAAUAAUGGAACACUAGUCACUUUAAUAAUGUUUACAUACUGUUUUACUCAUUUCAUAUGUACAGUAUAUACUGUAUUCUACUGUAUUUUAGUCAAUGCCACUCCGACAUUGCUCGUCCUAAUAUUUAUAUAUUUCUUAAUUCCAUUCUUUUACUUUUAGAUUUGUGUGUAUUGUUGUGAAUUGUUAGAUACUACUGCACUGUUGGAGCUAGGAACAGAAGCAUUUCGCUACACCCGCAAUAACAUCUGCUAAAUAUGUGUAUGUGACCAAUAACAUUUGAUUUGAUUUGAAUUGAUUUGACACACAUAGUGCUGGCACAAUUACCAUAUAACCGUGCAACCGACGGUUAAUGAUGAAGGCCGCCAUGAAAUUAAAUAACCGUCAUAACGGAACAUGUUAUGUGGAACGAACAGCUGACUGAAGGCCGGGCAUUAGUGCGGUUGAGUACGUUUUGGCCGUAACAUGGACUCUUAACAAUGUGAUGCAACUUUGUUGCUCCUUGCUGAAACAAGGAAAUUAGUCUUCGGUUGACUAGGCAACGCCCCCCACAAUGCAGCAGCAGCACACAUAGAAAUAUAAUGAAUAAAACGGUCUUGGAACCUCUCACCUUGACUGGUAAACUCAUGGGUACAGUCGCAAUGGCUGCCUGUUAUUGUGAUGCAAUACUUUCCAUGGUAAGGUAGAAUGUUCAUUCAAAUGAUGUUAACUGAUUUGGCUCAUGCAAUGGAUUGUAUUUUUUGUAAUGUCAGUUGAGUUGAAUCAACAAAUCAUAGCACAUAUUUUAGCACAUAUUUUAUUUAAUUCCUGCUUUGUUCCUAUGGGUACACUCACAAUGGCCGCCAGUUUACCCAUUAUGCCAUCAUUGACUUCAUCAUUGACUAUUUAUUAUAUUUCUAUGGCAGCACAUGCAGUCAGGAGCAGAGGAGAGGAGAAAAUGUGCUUAGAAAUCUUUUGGGGCCAUUCGAACGGUUAUUACGGUGACCGCGGUCAUUUUGCUGGCCAAUUUACGUCAUCCAAAAUGCCAUGACCGUAACAGCCCUACCCACAUACACACAUACAGACACACACACACACACAUACAGACACACACAUACAGACACACACCUACAGACACACACCUACAGAAACAGAUCAGUUUCACCCUCAGUCCCUGUUCUUGAGAAGCAAUGACAUCGCUCUCUUUAUGCGUGUGGGAACUGUUAAUAUAGUGAAAUUGCAGGUUACUGGACAUUACUCUGACAGAGUCAGAUUUGACCUUUUCUUAAUGCCUGUAACAGUUUCUAUCUCCUGGAACUCUAUAGGGCCAUCUCCCCAACAAAAACAGACUCCUGCUCUCUCCCUCUGAAAUCUCUGUUCACUUUUGAGAAUAAGGGACAUUUCCUCUGUCUUUCUCUGCACCCCGGCACUGUGGAUCUCACUUCCCAAAAUGCACUCCUACACACACCCUCAACCUUACUGGAAGCAGCCUUCCAGGAUACACAUACAGUGGGGAAAAAAAGUAUUUAGUCAGCCACCAAUUGUGCAAGUUCUCCCACUUAAAAAGAUGAGAGUGGCCUGUAAUUUUCAUCAUAGGUACACGUCAACUAUGACAGACAAAUUGAGAGAGAAAAAAUCCAGAAAAUCACAUUGUAGGAUUUUUAAUGAAUUUAUUUUCAAAUUAUGGUGGAAAAUAAGUAUUUGGUCACCUACAAACAAGAAAGAUUUCUGGCUCUCACAGACCUGUAACUUUUUCUUUAAGAGGCUCCUCUGUCCUCCACUCGUUACCUGUAUUAAUGGCAGCUGUUUGAACUUGUUAUCAGUAUAAAAGACACCUGUCCACAACCUCAAACAGUCACACUCCAAACUCCACUAUGGCCAAGACCAAAGAGCUGUCAAAGGACACCAGAAACGAAAUUGUAGACCUGCACCAGGCUGGGAAGACUGAAUCUGCAAUAGGUAAGCAGCUUGGUUUGAAGAAAUCAACUGUGGGAGCAAUUAUUAGGAAAUGGAAGACAUACAAGACCACUGAUAAUCUCCCUCGAUCUGGGGCUCCACGCAAGAUCUCACCCCGUGGGGUCAAAAUGAUCACAAGAACGGUGAGCAAAAAUCCCAGAACCACACGGGGGGACCUAGUGAAUGACCUGCAGAGAGCUGGGACCAAAGUAACAAAGCCUACCAUCAGUAACACACUACGCCGCCAGGGACUCAAAUCCUGCAGUGCCAGACGUGUCCCCCUGCUUAAGCCAGUACAUGUCCAGGCCCGUCUGAAGUUUGCUAGAGUGCAUUUGGAUGAUCCAGAAGAGGAUUGGGAGAAUGUCAUAUUGUCAGAUGAAACCAAAAUAUAACUUUUUGGUAAAAACUCAACUCGUCGUGUUUGGAGGACAAAGAAUGCUGAGUUGCAUCCAAAGAACACCAUACCUACUGUGAAGCAUGGGGGUGGAAACAUCAUGCUUUGGGGCUGUUUUUCUGCAAAGGGACCAGGACGACUGAUCCGUGUAAAGGAAAGAAUGAAUGGGGCCAUGUAUCGUGAGAUUUUGAGUGAAAACCUCCUUCCAUCAGCAAGGGCAUUGAAGAUGAAACGUGGCUGGGUCGUUCAGCAUGACAAUGAUCCCAAACACACUGCCCGGGCAACGAAGGAGUGGCUUCGUAAGAAGCAUUUCAAGAUCCUGGAGUGCCCUAGCCAGUCUCCAGAUCUCAACCCCAUAGAAAAUCUUUGGAGGGAGUUGAAAAUCCGUGUUGCCCAGCGACAGCCCCAAAACAUCACUGCUCUAGAGGAGAUCUGCAUGGAGGAAUGGGCCAAAAUACCAGCAACAGUGUGUGAAAACCUUGUGAAGACUUACAGAAAACGUUUGACCUGUGUCAUUGCCAACAAAGGGUAUAUAACAAAGUAUUGAGAAACUUUUGUUAUUGACCAAAUACUUAUUUUCCACCAUAAUUUGCAAAUAAAUUCAUUAAAAAUCCUACAAUGUGAUUUUCUGGAUUUUUCUUUCUCAUUUUGUCUGUCAUAGUUGACGUGUACCUAUGAUGAAAAUUACAGGCCUCUCUCAUCUUUUUAAGUGGGAGAACUUGCACAAUUGGUGGCUGACUAAAUACUUUUUUUCCCCACUGUACAUACAUUCAUACAUUCAUACACACAAAGGCAUUCACACAGUUAAUCUGAAACUAUGAUAUAUUCAUAUUUUAUUUCUCACUGAAGCAACUCUUAUGGGGUGCACUCACUGCUGGAUAAGUUUGGUACUUCCAUGAACUGCUCAACUAGUUCCAAGAAUAAUUUUGAUGCUCCUUCCUCUGAAACUACGAAUCGAUUAAUCUGGUCUGAUUAAAUCUGGACUGAUUGGGUCCAGGCUGUGUAAUCGAUCAGGUUUUCUUUACAUGUGUUUGUAAUUACUGCUUGAAAUAAGCCGAUUAUUGAUCAAGAAUGGUUUGAUCCAGAUCUUACAGGACAGGUCUUCUGAGGUCUAGAGAGCCGUCAGAGUCUAGCUGAUUGGAUCGAACCUUCACCCUGGAUGGAUCGAUCCCAAGUUAGAGCAAGAGAGGGAGGAACAGAGUAGACAUACUUAUUAAUGCUAUGCUAGUCACUGUUACAGUCCUAUCACAGACACACUAAGACCUCAGUGGAGAGUUAGAGGAGGGUUCGGCCUGAGUGGAAAACUAGAUGUGACUGUUAUUGAGUUGCUUUUCUCACCAGCGGUGCCUAGGCGCAUGUUAUCUGGGUCAAUAAAACCCUACAAGCAAUUAUUGGUGAGCAAACUUUCCUUAACCCAUUGAACUUCCUCCUUCCGUUAGCCGAUAGUAAUGACGCAUCCUCUCCCCCUUUUUUCUCCCCUCUCUCUUCCUCCUCUUUCCUCUUUCUUCCUCUCUCCUCUCUCCAGGCUGCAGAGUGGGAUGAACCUGCAGAUCUGUUUUGUCAACGACAGCGGCAGCGACAAGGACAGCGAUGCAGACGACAGCAAGACAGAGACCAGUCUGGACACACCGCUGUCCCCCAUGGUACAGACCGACCACACAAGCGCAUUAAUAAGAAAUAGAGAUUCUUAGAGAGAGAGCGAAAUCUACUGUGUGACUCAUAUAGAUACGCCUCAGUAAGACUGUCUGAGAGAAUGAGAGAAAGAGAGAAAGGGACAGAUUCGGUAUGAAUCAGAGUGAUAGCCCUCGGUUAGUGUGUGAGGGAGAGUGAAUGGCCAUGCUCACGUUUUCUGGCCCGUUAACCAAUACACUGGCAGCAAAUGAGGGUUGAAUAUGAACACGCUCUCUGCUGGACAUGGAUGAGUGGCCACAUGGACUGUCUGACAGACACAGAUGCAGUUAAUAGAGAGUGGGGGGGAGGGAGAGAGGGAGAGAGGGAGAUAAUCCCAGUAUUUAUAGCCAUCUGUUAUAGCUCUGAGCUGUUUCCCUGUCUGUCUGUCCACUGUGUUCAGUGAAUUACCUAUCAAUGACUACACAAGAAGAACGAAGAGCCAAUGGGAAUAAACCACUAACUUUUCCUUAUUUCCCAUUCUUCUGUCUCCACUCUCCCCACGUCCCUGUCCCCCAGUCGAAGCAGAGUUCGUCCUACUCUGACCGGGACACUACGGAGGAAGACAGUGAGUCUCUGGAGGACAUGGACUUCCUGAGCAGAAAGAAGAAGUUGCAGGCCGAGGCUAAGCUAGCCCUGGCGAUGGCCAAACCCAUGGCCAAGAUGCAGGUGGAGGUGGAAAAACAGAACCGCAAGAAGUCCCCCUGUGGCAGACCUGGUCAGUACCGUCGCUAUAGGGAACGGGCCUGAAACCUCAACCUCUAGUCAGUGUUUCUAACCCCAGGUCUUUUCAGAGCAAACCAUCCACACUGUUCUUCUUUAACAUUGUGAUGAUGUCACAGAGUAGACACCACCCUCCUCCUUCUCUGUCCCGUUGGCGGCCAUAGUCAUGAUUAUUUUAACAUUCUCAUCUGCCUCAGUGCCCCCCAAGCACACACACAUACAAAGUCCCACAUACACACACACACAGAUACACACACACACACACCAAUAUCUCCACCUGGGCAGAAGACAUUACUUAUUCAGUAAAGAGGGGGUGGUUGGGUUGGGGCGAUCUAUUAUUCAUAUCCCAGGAUGCACUGGGUGACGUGUUUGGGGAUGUAGUCGAGCCCAGCAGUCAGAAGAGAUGAGUGUCACAUCUGAGGCCCUGUCGCUAAGCUAACACACUGGUGUACUAAACACAGGGGCAGAUAAAGCCCUGUCGCUAAGCUAACACACCGCUGUACUGAACACAGGGGUAGAUCUGAGGCCCUGUCGCUAAGCUAACACACUGCUCUACUGAACACAGGGGCAGAUGAGGCCCUGUCGCUAAGCUAACACACUGCUGUACUGAACACAGGGGCGCCAUGCUCAGAUAGCAUUAGCUUCCGAGCUACUUACGGUACACUAUACUCCUUUAGCAUAAAUUGGGCAGACUCACAACUACAUGCUCAUUAUUAUAGGGAUGUGCAUAAGUUCUCAAUACAUUCUUUAUAGAAAUAUACAAGAAUGUGAACCUUUACCAGUUGAUUGCAGCCCUACCAAACAUACAUAGUCAGAGUGCAGGCUGGCGGCCAGUGGCCAUGGGGUUGAGUGCCAGGGGCUCUUGUGUAAGCCACUAAUGACAGGAGAAAUGAGGAGAAUGUGUGUGAGGAGAUGUGGUUUUACACCAGAUACUACGCUUUAAUCCACUGAAGCCAUGGCUCUGUCGCAGCCGGCCGCGACCGGGAGACUCAUGGGCGGUGCACAAUUGGCCCAGCGUCGUCCAGGGUAGGGGAGGGAAUGGACAGGAAGGGAGGGAAUGGCCCGCAGGGAUGUAGCUCAGUUGAUAGAGCAUGGCGUUUGCAACGCCAGGGUUGUGGGUUUGAUUCCCACGGGGGGCCAGUAUAAAAAACAAAACAAAAAAACAUGUAUUCACUAACUGUAAGUCGCUCUGGAUAAGAGCGUCUGCUAAAUGACUAAAAAUGUAAAAAAUGUAAAUGUGGCCUUCCAAAGAAUUUACACAAGAAUUUACACAACACUCCCACCAAGAGAAUUACAUUCUGUUUGUUUUUCCCCAUUCAUAUCAUGCCUAAUCUAAGAGAAUACUGAUAUGAUGAAAUACUUGAGUAUUAUUGUUGGCAGUAGCUUUAUUCAUAUUGCCACUAACCUCAGAAGCCAAGACUCAUAGAGAAACCAAUCCAGUAAUAUAACUGAGGGAGGAAACUCCACCUCGGACAAACACAAUGAGGCAAACACAUAUCAUGACCAAAACACUACCACUCGCGGUGGCCGGCUCUCCCCGCAUCUCCGCAUCUUUCACUCUCUAUCUCCCUCACUCUCUUUUAUCACAGCCCCGCCUCUCUCUGUAUGUCACUGACCUCUGUGCUCCCUCUCCGAACUGAAACGGUGGCACAUGACAGGGGGGAAACAUGGCCACUAGCGCAGUUGCAUGGGUGCCAAUUUGAAAGUGAAAGAGGAGUGAGAAACUGUGACAGGAAGAACCAGCUGAGCGAUCACGCACACUCACAAAUCAUACAGAAAAAGUGCAAUGGAAGGAGCACAUAUUUAUAAUGAGUAUGAAUUCGGAGGGCAGAAAUUAUUAAAUAUUAAAGCAUUAGACCUCUCACUAAAGGAUUCAGUCAUACAAAAGUUAUACUUAAAUCCAAACUCGUUCUCUAGCAGAUUGGUAAGAAUGUCUCACUCUAUGUUCAAGAAUCGGCUUUUUCCCUUUAUUCAGAUUACAACCUCUCACUUUCGGUAAUUUGAAAAUGAAAUAAUCUCCAAAAUAUCGCAAUUUUUUAAACAAGCCAUAGAAAGUUGGUUGCAAUUUCAGUUUAAUCCACCAGAAAAGACAGAAGAAAUAUUACAACAAAUAUUAUGGUUAAACUAAAAUAUACUAAUUGAUCAAAAAAACAUUAUUUUUGGAUAUAUAUAUAUUUUUAAAGUAUAAUCUUUGUAAGUGAUAUCAUAAAUAGGACUGGUGGAGCUGUCACACAUGCAGCCAACAAAAUAUAUAUGAAAAUGUCUGCUCUACCCAAAAUUACAACCAACUAAUUGCAACAUUACCGCAAAAAUGGAAGAGGCAAGUGUAAGUGGGAAGGAACUUGUCUGUCGGCCCUGCAUUAAAGACCGAAAUUGGUUAAAGAAAAUUGUGAUUAAUAAAAAUGUAUACCAGUUUAAUUUAAGGACCAAAACAUUUACAGCUGUGCCAUAUAGAUUGCAAAAUAGUUGGGAAGAGAUUUUCGAUGUACCCAUUCCAUGGCACAUGGUUUAUGAACUGAUACACAAUAUGACGCCGGCUUCAAAAUGUAUAUUUUUUUUAUUUAAAUUAUUAUACAAAAUUCUUGCAACCAAUAGAAUGUUAAAUACAUAAUAUGGAAUGUUAUAUACAGUUGAAGUCGGAAGUUUACAUACACCUUAGCCAAAUACAUUUAAACUCAGUUUUUCACAAUUCCUGACAUUUAAUCCUAGUAAAAAUUCCCUGUAUUAGGUCAGUUAGGAUCACCACUUUAUUUUAAGAAUGUGAAAUGUUAGAAUAAUAGUAGAAAGAAUGAUUUAUUUCAGCUUUUAUUUCUUUCAUCACAUUCCCAGUGGGUCAGAAGUUUACAUACACUCAAUUAGUAUUUGGUAGCAUUGCCUUUAAAUUGUUUAACUUGGGUCAAACAUUUUGGGUAGCCUUCCACAAGCUUCCCACAAUAAGUUGGGUGCAUUUUGGCCCAUUCCUCCUGACAGAGCUGGUGUAACUGAGUCAGGUUUGUAGGCCUCCUUGCUCGCACACGCUUUUUCAGUUCUGCCCACACAUUUUCUAUAGGAUUGAGGUCAGGGCUUUGUGAUGGCCACUCCAAUACCUUGACUUUGUUGUCCUUAAGCCAUUUUGGCACAACUUUGGAAGUAUGCUUGGGGUCAUUGUCCAUUUGGAAGACCCAUUUGCGACCAAGCUUUAACUUCCUGACUGAUGUAUUGAGAUGUUGCUUCAAUAUAUCCACAUAAUUUCCCUUCCACAUGAUGCCAUCUAUUUUGUGAAGCGCACCAGUCCCUCCUGCAGCAAAGUACCCCCACCGCAUGAUGCUGCCACCCCGUGCUUCACGGUUGGAAUGGUGUUCUUCGGCUUGCAAGGAUCCCCCUUUUUCCUCCAAACAUAACGAUGGUCAUUAUGGCCAAACAGUUCUAUUUUUGUUUCAUCAGACCAGAUGACAUUUCUCCAAAAAGUACGAUCUUUGUCCCCAUGUGCAGUUGCAAACCGUAGUCUGGCUUUUUUAUGGCGGUUUUGGAGCAGUGGCUUUUUCCUUGCUGAGCGGCCUUUCAGGUUAUGUCAAUAUAGGACUUGUUUUACUGUGGAUAUAGAUACUUUUGUACCUGUUUCCUCCAGCAUCUUCACAAGGUCCUUUGCUGUUGUUCUGGGAUUGAUUUGCACUUUUCGCACCAAAGUACAGAACGCGUCUCCUUCCUGAGCGGUAUGACGGCUGCGUGGUCCCAUGGUGUUUAUACUUGCGUACUAUUGUUUUUACAGAUGAACGUGGUACUUUCAGACAUUUGGAAAUUGCUCCCAAGGAUGAACCAGACUUGUGGAGGUCUACAAUUUUUUUUCUGAGGUCUUGGCUGAUUUCUUUUGAUUUUCCCAUGAUGUCAAGCAAAGAGGCACUGAGUUUGAAGGUAGGCCUUGAAAUACAUCCACAGGUACACCUCCAAUUGACUUCUAAAGCCAUGACAUCAUUUUGUGGAAUUUUCCAAGCUGUUUAAAGGCACAGUCAACUUAGUGUAUGUAAACUUCUGACCCACUGGAAUUGUGAUACAGUGAAUUAUACGUUAAAUAAUCUGUCUGUAAACAAUUGUUGGAAAAAUUACUUGUGUCAUGCACAAAGUAGAUAUCCUAAUCGACUUGCCAAAACUAUAGUUUGUUAACAAGAAAUUUGUGGAGUGGUUGAAAAACAAGUUUUAAUGACUCCAAUCUAAGUGUAUGUAUACUUCCGACUUCAACUGUAUAUAUAUCCCAGCUCUGCAGAUUUUGCUGCGAUGAGACAGAAUCAGUAGAUCAUUUAUUUUGGUACUGUUCAUAUGUGGCCUGUUUUUGGUCGCAGGUUCAGGAAUGGCUGAAGAAUUGCAACAUUUAUCUGGAGCUAACUCUGCAAAUAAUGCUGCUGGGUGAUUUGAAAAGUUAUAGUCAAUCUAUCAAUAAUAUAAUAAUACUUUUAGCAAAAACAGUUAUCUUUCAUUUACAAUCUGUAGAAACUAUGAGAAUAGAAAGGUUCAGAACUUUUGUGAAACAUCACAUCACAGUUGAAAAAUAUAUGGCAAAUAGAAAUCAAAACUGGAUGGUUUUAAGAGAUAAAUGGGAGGGGUUGAGUGGAGCUGAAGGGGGGGACUAAAAACAACAAGAUAACUAAUGUAAAAUAUACUGUGUCCAUAAAAUGUAUAUAGUAUCUAUAAGCUGGAAGUAGAAGUAUAAGUGUUGUUGUUCAUUGGUUUACUCCAAUUAGGGGAUGAGUGGUAGGGUUAGGGGAAAAUAAUAAAGGAACAUUUAUUUUUAAAAGAUAUACACUACCGGUCAAAAGUUUUAGAACACCUACUCAUUCAAGGGUUUUUCUUUAUUUUUACUAUUUUCUACAUUGUAGAAUAAUAGUGAAGACAUCAAAACUAUGAAAUAACACAUGGAAUCAUGUAGUAACCCAAAAAAGUGUUAAAUAAAUCAAAAUACAUUUUAUAUUUGAGAUUCUUCAAAUGCCACCCUUUGCCUUGAUGACAGCUUUGCACACUCUUGGCAUUCUCUCAACCAGCUUCACCUGGAAUGCUUUUCCAACGGUCUUGAAGGAGUUCCCACAUAUGCUGAGCACUUGUUGGCUGCUUUUCCUUCACUCUGUGGUCCGACUCAUCCCAAACUUUCCACAGCCUGGAGGUGUGUUGGGUCACUGUCCUGUUGAAAAACAAAUGAUAGUCCCACUAAGCCCAAGCCAGAUGGGAUGGCGUAUCGCUGCAGAAUGCUGUGGUAGCCAUGCUCUUAAAGGGUGCCUUGAAUUCUAAAUAAAUCACAGACAGUGUCACCAGCAAAGCACCCCCACACCAUAACACUUCCACCUCCAUGCUUUACGGUGGGAAAUACACAUGCGGAGAUCAUCCGUUCACCCACACCACGUCUCACAAAGACACGGCGGUUGGAACCAAAAAUCUCAAAUCUGGACUACAGACCAAAGGACACAUUUCCACCGGUCUAAUGUCCAUUGCUCGUGUUUCUUGGCCCAAGCAAGUCUCUUCUUAUUAUUGGUGUCCUUUAGUAGUGGUUUCUUUGCAGCAAUUCAACCAUGAAGGCCUGAUUCACACAGUCUCCUCUGAACAGUUUAUGUUGAGAUGUGUCUGUUACUUGAACUCUGUGAAGCAUUUAUUUGGGCUGCAAUUUCUGAGAGCCAGUUUCAUCAUAGCGCUUGAUGGUUUUUGCGACUGCACUUGAAGAAACUUAAAAAGUUCUUGAAAUGUUCUGUAUUGACCGACCUUCAUGUCUUAAAGUAAUGAUGACUGUCGUUUCUCUUUGCUUAUUUGAGCUGUUCUUGCCAUAAUAUGGACUUGGUCUUUUACCAAUAGGGCUAUCUUCUGUAUACCACCCCAACCUUGUCACAACACAACUGAUUGGCUCAAACGCAUUAAGAAGGAAAGAAAUUCCACAAAUUAACUUUUAACAAGGCACACUUGUUAAUUGAAAUGCAUUCCAGGAGACUACCUCAUGAAGCUGGUUGAGAGAAUGCCAAGAGUGUGCAAAGCUGUCAUCAAGGCAAAGGGUGGCUAUUUGAAGAAUCUCAAAUAUAAAAUAUAUUUUGAUUUGUUCAACACUUUUUUGGUUACUACAUGAUUCCAUAUGUGUUAUUUCAUUGUUUUGAUGUCUUCACUAUUAUUCUACAAUGUAGAAAAUAGUAAAAAUAGUAAAAACCCUUGAAUGAGUAGGUGUUCUAAAACCUUUGACCUGUAUUGUAUAUGGGGGAUUGGAAACAGACAAUUACAUUGGUGGAAGUAACAAUCUAUCUGCAAUAUUAAAGCUGAUCUACCCCCAAAAAGUUAAGAAAGCAAGGAGAUGCACAGAUGAUAGAAAUAGAUUGAACAAGGGAUCGAGGGAAAUUCUCAUACCCAGCAAGCCUGAUAAACAACAUGAUGCUUUGUGAUUCACCUUGGUUACUCUCUAGGGUUAAUGUCAUAUCUGUCCCUAUGGAACCCAACAAGGUGUGGUGAGUGACAUACAGAGAGAGAGAGAAGGGGAGGGAUAUAAAGAGGUGGAUGAGAGGAAGAGGAACUGAAAAUCUUGAAGGAAUCACAAAUGACAUCACCACAGUGAAAGGCUGUGUGUUGAUUUGACAAGAACAACCAGUCAGAGAAUUCAGGAAGACAAAGUAGAGUGUGUUGCUUACUGCCAGGAGCAUAGCCGUGGGAAGUAGUUUGGUGGAUGGGGUGCUGCGAUUUUUUGGCUGACGGGGGGGGAUGAUGCUGAAAAAAAAUGCUUUGGCCACACUACAGACGGCUAUGUCGGUCCGCUAAUACAGGGCUAGUAAAGGCCCAGUGCACUACUUUUUUACAACAACAACAACAAGAAAUCUGAUUUUCAGCACCCUCAGCACCCUUACUUCCAGCGGCUAUGGCCAGGAGGAAGGAGACAGAGUUGUUUCCUGUAGCUCUCUAUGACCAGAGACAGGUCAGGGACCACUGCUGUACUGUAUAUUGCUGUGACAGUUAAGUUGCGAGGCUGACACCUGCUGGAGAGAUUGUGCUUUGCAUCUUACAGUUGGGCAGCUCCUGUAGUAUUGGGCUGCUUUCAGUGGCUGGAAUUCUUUAUGAGAUGCAGAUUAAACUGAAAUGAUGCCUUUCCUCAAGCAUUUGCACCAUCUUGCACACACAAACACACAUAGGCCUACACACACUCACACCAACAUACACUGCAGUGUCUUUGGGUUCUCUAGUGCCCAAGAAUCCAUAUCAUGAGUGUCCAUAUUUGUGUACUUGUACAUUUCCGAUGUGCUGUAUGUUUCUGUAAAUGGGUGUGUGUGUAUUUCUAACCGUGGUGAUGUGUGUGUUUCUCUCUAGCUGCCCCACAUGCCCCACAUCAGUGAGUGUCUGAUGAAGAGGAGCCUGAAGCCUACAGACCUGAGAGACAUGACCCUGGGACAACUACAGGUCAUAGUCAAUGACCUGCACUCCCAGAUAGAGAGUGAGAACCACACACACACACACAUGUUUUCCUAUCCCUGUGGGGACCUAAAAUUGAUUUCCAUUCAAAAUCCUAUUUUCCCUAACCCCUAACCCCUAACUUUAACCCUAACCCUAACCCCUAAACCUAACCCUAACCAUUAACCCCUAAGCUUAAAAUAGCCUUUGACCUUAUGGGGACGUGGGAAAUUUCCCCAAGAGGGAGAAUCUUUCUUAUUUUACUAUCAUUGUGGGGACUUUUGGGGAUUUCAGGUCUCCAUGAGGAUAGAAGAACAAGACCACACACACAUACUGUUAGUUAGGGUAUCUUUCGUAUUGAAAGUCAUUUCAGACAACGUACAGUACCAGUCAAAGGUUUGGAUACACCUACUCAUUCAAGGAUUUUACUUUAUUUUUACUAUUUUCUACAUUGUAGAAUAAUAGUGAAGACAUCAAAACUAUGAAAUAACACAUAUGGAAUCAUGUAGUAACCAAAAAAUUGUUCAACAAAUCAAAAUAUAUCUUAUGUUUGAGAUUCUUCAAAGUAGCCACCCUUGAUGACAGCUUUGCACACUCUUGGCAUUCUCUCAACCAGCUUCAUGAGGUAGUCUCCUGGAAUGCAUUUCAAUUAACAGGUGUGCCUUGUUAAAAGUUAAUUUGUGGAAUUUCUUUCCUUCUUAAUGCGUUUGAGCCAAUCAGUUGUGUUGUGACAAGGUAGGGGGGUAUACAGAAGAUAGCCCUAUUUGGUAAAAGACCAAGUCCAUAUUAUGUCAAGAACAGCUCAAAUAAGCAAAGAGAAACGACAGUCCAUCAUUACUUUAAGACAUGAAGGUCAGUCAAUAUGGAACAUUUCUAGAACUUUGAACGUUUCUUCAAGUGCAGUCGCAAAAACCAUCAGACACAUCUCAACAUCAACUGUUCAGAGGAGACUGCGUGAAUCAGGCCUUCAUGGUCGAAUUGCUGCAAAGAAGCCACUACUAAAGGACACCAAUAAUAAGAAGAUACUUGCUUGGGCCAAGAAACACAGGCAAUGGACAUUAGACCGGUGAAAAUCUGUCCUUUGGUCUGAUGAGUCCAAAUUUGAGAUUUUUGGUUCCAUCCGUCUUUGUGAGACGUAGUGUAGAUGAACGGAUGAUCUCCGCAUGUGUGGUUCCCACCAUGAAGCAUGGAUGAGGAGGUGUGGGGGUGCUUUGCUGGUGACACUGUCUGUCAUUUAUUUAGAAUUCUAGGCACACUUACCAGCAUAGAUACUACAGCAUUCUGCAGCGAUACGCCAUCCCAUCUGGUUUGGGCUUAGUGGGACUAUAAUUUGUUUUUCAACAGGACAAUGACCAAACACACCUCCAGGCUGUGUAAGGGCUAUUUGACCAAGAAGGAGAGUAAUGGAGUGCUGCAUCAGAUGACCUCGCCUCCACAAUCACCUGACCUCAAACCAAUUGAGAUGGUUUGGGAUGAGUAUGACCGCUAAGGAAAAGCAGCCAACAAUUGCUCAGCAUAUGUGGGAACUCCUUCAAGACUGGUUGAGAGAAUGCCAAGAGUGCUCAAAGCUGUCAUCAAGGCAAAGGGUGGCUACUUCUAAGAAUCUCAAAUGUAAAAUAUAUUUUUAUUUGUUUAACACUUUUUUGGUUACUACAUGAUUCCAUAUGUGUUAUUUGAUAGUUUUGAUGUCUUCACUAUUAUUCUACAAUGUAGAAAAUAGUAAAAAAUAAAGUAAAACCCUGGAAUGAGUAGGUGUGUCCAAACUUUUGACUGGUACUGUAAGUUGGAUGCAUGUGUGAUGAUACUAGUGAAAGACGAACAAUACCUAAUCUUACACAGAAGGCCCAAAAAUUCCCCACAAGAAUGUUGCUAUAGAAUCUUGUCUUUUACUGGCAUGGUUAAAAAAAAUGCUCCAUUCGAAAUCUGUGUCUUGUAUGACUUGGGGCUGGAUUCAAUCCGUAUCGCAGAAGAUCCGUGUUACAGCUUGUUUGAAAUUAUAUAUAAAGGCAAUGUUCCCGCGUUUGCGGAGACUGCGUUCACGGUAAGCACUGCAUAUGUCGGCUCAAUCAUAAAUUACCUUUACAUUUUAACACAGAUCUUCCGCGAUACUUCCGCAAUAUGGAUUGAAUCCAGCCCCUGGUAUAUGUUGGUGUUCUAAUGAUGCGCUGUUGUUUUCUAACGUUGUUCUGAUGUUUGUCUUCCCCAGGUCUGAAUGAGGAGCUGGUGCAGCUGCUGCUGAUCCGUGAUGAACUGCACAUGGAGCAGGAUGCCAUGCUGGUGGACAUAGAGGACCUGACCAGGUGGUGAUGCUAUCUAACACACACACACACACACACACACACACACACACACACACACACACACACACACACACACACACAGCUUCCUGGGCUAUGACCGCAAACAGGCCAGGAAUGAUUGGGGGAACUCUGUCUUUGGGACAGGCGUUUAGCAGUGUGAUACAUUUGCAUGAUUUCCAUACAGCAGUAGCUGAUAAAGUACAGUUUAUCUAAUCAUAAUUUCGUUUUUACUCAGGCAUGCUGAGAGCCAGCAGAAACACAUGGCUGAGAAGACCCCAUCCAAAUGAGACACCCCACCCAACCUCAAACCCACCCCAUCCCUUUACUCCACCCCUGCCCCACCUUGGUCCCUGUGCCCUGCCCCAUGUCUCUCGCUGCUCCCCCUCUGCCUGCCCCUCUCACCCUCUCCCAUGGUGGCAGCAGCCAGAGGAAGGCCACCCUUUCAUUUGCUUCUGUGGUUGUCCCAGCGCUAAAGACAGAGCAUUUCCUGCCUCCUGGGAGAAGAGGAAACUGAUUGUGUGUUGUCAUGGAUACUGUCCCCGGCUUCCUGUGCAUUGAUCGGCCUUGCUUCGCUAUUGUUUAUUUUUAACUUUUUACAUUCGCCACUAAAUUAUAACUGUCAAUACAAAAUGGUGGAUAAAAAAAUAAAUAAUAGUGAGAAAUUAGUAGAAAGUCAGUAAAAAAAUAUAAAAAAUUAAAAAAACAUUGUAUAAAACUAUGAAGACUAACUUCAGACCAUUUUAAGUUGGAAGGUAAUUUUUAAGUAUUUCAAAGUCGACCUCUUUUUAUUCUGCACAAAUGGUAGUUUUCAACUGAGAAAUGUUUAUUUGAAGGUGCUAAAAGAGUGUAAAGGAAACAUGCCUGCCUUGUAGUGGAGUUGUAGCUUUUGGUAAUACGCUCACUCUGAUCGGUCUUCAACAUUUUGUGAAUGUUGAUUUUCUGACACGAGUCAUUUUAAAUGAAUAAAUGUGUUAAUAUCAUUUUCAUCCUAUUGUAUUCAGAAUUUUUAUUUGAGGGAAGAAAUGUUUAUGUACAGAUA